AUGGAAAGUCCUUUGAGGUUGAAGAUGUAUUCCCAAAAGCUCAACAACAAACAGCCUAUGAACAAUGAUGAUUUGUUCCAAGUUGCCAGUGAUAGGCUAAGGUUGCUUAAUGAUCAUGGACUCACCGAAAGAUUUGGAAAGCUGAGCAUGGGCAACGAAAUGGGUAAUAACAACACAUCAGCUAUCAAAGAGGAAGAUAACUUAAGUGAAGCCGAGAAAAGAAGUUUACAAGAAGAUACUAAUGAAACAUCUAUAGUGAAAGAUGUAAUGGAAAAAUCUUCCAUUGAUAUAACAAAACCAGGGAAAGAUACAUGGAAAGAUGAGGGUCAUGCAGAAGAUGUAAAAGAGAAGACUCAACCAACUACCACAGAUGAAGCCAAAGAUGAAGAUACUCAAGCGAAAGCUAAAGGGUUUGCUUCUAACCACACAACAAGAGUGCUUGAAAACGAUUCAAUGGAAAGAGAUAGUGAUGCUAGUGAUGUAAAUAUAGAAAAUCAAACGCCUCCAACAGCUGAGGCUGAAAGUGUUCAGGAGAAAGCUGCAACACUGGUUUCUGAAGAUGCAACAACUGAACUUGGAAAAGUUAUACAGGAAGCAGAUAGUCAUGAGGAUUGUAUGAAAGAAAACAUGAACAUGAUUCCAACAGAUGAAGCCAAAGAUGUUUUGGAGGAAGAAGCCAAAGAUUUUCAGGAGGAACUCACCGGGCUAAAUUCUAACAAUACAGAAAGCAUGCUUAAAAAUGAUCUGUUGGGAGAAGAUACUUGCAAAAAUGACAUGAAUAUGGAAAAUAAAAUGCAUCCAACUGCUGAAGUUGAAGAUGUUCAGGAGAAGGCUACAGGAAUGACUUCCCACCAUUCUAGAAGUUCACUUGAAAAUGAUUUAUUGGAAGGAGAUGCUCCUGAGGAUGAUGUCAAUAUAAAUCAUCAAAAGGACCCAAAAGUUGAAAACAAAUUUGAUCAGCUACACUUAGAAGCAAGGCUGGAUUUUGAUGAUAAAACAAGUGAAUUUGAAGAUAAACCUCAUGAAGAUAAACAAGAUGCUAGUGAAGUAAACCCUAGUGCCAAUGGCAUAGAUGUCCAGGAAAAAGCUAUCAUCUCAGCUUCCGAUGCUCCAUUGAAGUUGACAAAUCCUUUUGAAGGUUCAGGAGAUGAAAUAACUGAAGUUAGACAACCAGAAAAGUUUCCGAGCAAUGGAUCAGUUGAAUCUAAAGGUGGAAUCUCCGAGAUCUUGUCAAGUUUUUCAUUGGAAGGCACUGAAGAAUAUGAGAACCAAGAAGCAUGCUUGAGAGAACACCUGCUAGUAACAUGUAAUCAUUACCUUAAUAAUGAGCAUUCAAUCCAACAAGGGGAUGAAAUAACUGAAGUUAGACAACUUGAAAAGUCUCCAAAUGAUAGAUCAGUUGAAGCUGAAGGUGGAAACUCUGAGAGUUUGUCAAUUUCUUCAGCGGGAGACACUGAAGAAUAUGUGAAGCAAGGAGAUACAUGCGCGAGAGAACACAUGUUAAUAACAGAUAAUCAUGACCUCAAUAAUGAGCCUUCAAUUCAACAAGGGGGUGAAAUAACUGAUUUCAGACAACCUAAAAAGUCUCCAAAAGAUGAACCAGUUGAAGCUAAAGGUGGAAACUCUGAGAACCCGUCAAGUUCAUCAUUUGAAGACACUGAAGAAUAUGAAAAGCAAGAAGAGACAUGCUCGAGAGAACACUUGUUAGUAACAUAUAACCAUCAACUUAAUAAUGAGCCUUCAGUCCAACAAGGGGAUGAAGUAACUGAACUCAGUCAACCUGAAAACUCUCGAAAUGAUGGAUCAGUUGAAGCUGAAGGUGGAAACUCUGAGAGCUUGACAAGUUCUUCACUGGAAGACACUGAAGAAUACGAGAAGCAAGAAGAGUCAAGCUUGAGAGAACACGUAUUAGUAACAUAUAUUCAUCACCUUAAUAAUGAUCCUCCAAUCCAACAAGGUUAG